AUGGCCCGAUGGCAAAUUCUGCUUUCCAAAUUUGAUAUAGUUUAUGUGAAUAAUAAGGCAGUAAAAGGGAGUGUAAUGCCAAAUUUUCUAGCCAGCAGAGCUCUAAAAGAUUACAAGCCUUUGAAUUUCGAUUUCCCAAACGAAGAUCUGAUGUAUGGUGCUACCAGUAAAGAAGAUGCUCAACAUGGACACCCUUGGAAACUAAAUUUUGAUGAAGCUUCAAACAUUAUGGGUAAUAGAAUAGGGCCAGUCCUGGUAUCCUCUAACGAAGAUCAUUAUCCCUUUACUAGUAAAUUGGAUUUUGAUUGUACGAACAAUAUGACGAAAUACAAAGCAUGCAUUAUGGGUAUCCGUGUAGCCAUAGAACGUAAUAUUAAAGUACUAGAGCUAUAUGGGGAUUCUGCGCUAGUGGUCUAUCAACUCAAAGGUGAAUGUGAGACAAGAGAUCCCAAGUUGAUCGAGUAUAGAAGGCUAGUACUAGAGUUAAUUAAAGAUUUUGAUGACAUCACCUUCUUCUACCUUCUACAAGAUAAAAAUCAGAUGGCUAAUACCCUAGCUACCUUAGCUUCCAUGGUCAAAAUGAACAAACAAGAGGAUGUAAAACCUAUUCAGAUGAGUACUUAUGAGUCUCCGGCUCAUUGUUACAACAUUGAAGAAUAA